UCAUUUAUUUUUAAAUAAAACGACAGGAGAUUGUUUAGCGUUAUUUUUGUUGUAAGGGUGGCAGCGAUGCUCUUUCCAGCUUUCUGCAUCCUAAGCUGAAACUGAAGUCCUGCUUCCCGUCUUCAUUGAAAAAACAGCCUAGGUUCCCCCUCCCUUGGAAGAAAGCAGCUUUUAUGAAGUAAGAAGGAGGAAGCCCCAGGAACAGGAAUCUCACCUUGAAGGUCACUCCUUGGACCUCAGACUUCUCAGCCACAGCUUUUGAGCAGAGGCAGGAUACUCCUAGAAAGGAGCAGGUCCUGGGUUUGCAUAGUCCGCAGUAGCAGUUCUUUAUUCUGCUCAGAAUGAGCAUUGCCCCGCUAUCACCGCAUCCAGAGCGCCUCACCAUGAUGAAAGGUCUGGACCAAGCUUCAGGAAAGAUAGCUGUACAUUCAACCUUCUCUGUACUUUCCCAAAAGGAACAGAAAAAGAACAAAUCCCAGAUUUUAUUUAUUUGUCAGAGAAAGAGAGAGUGCACAAACAGGGGGAGCAACAGGCAGAGGGAGAAGCAGGCUCCCCACCGAGCAAGGAGCCUUCUGUGGGACUUGAUCCUAGGACCCUGGGAUCAUGACCUGAGCCGAAGGCAGACGCUUAACCGACUGAGCCACCCAGGCAUCCCUGGAUCAAUUUCAUUUGAGGAUGUGACUGUGAACUUUACCCAGGAGGAGUGGGGUCAACUGGACCCUGAUCAGAGGACCUUGUACAGGGAUGUGAUGUUGGAGAACUAUAGCAUCUUCAUCUCAUUGGAAGAAUUGAAAGUUGAUGGCAUAAUAGAGAGCAAAGAAAACCAAGACAGACAUUUAUGGCAAGAUGCAUUUAUCAAUAACAAAAAAGUGAUUAUGGAGAAAGAGAAUGUAUUAAGAAAAACAUUUAAUCUGUAUAUAGACUCUGUUCCUUCCAGAAAAAUGUCCAGUAAAUAUAAUCUAGAUGGAGUCAGUUUAGAAAAUACGUCGAAGUUAACCACUAAUAAUAAAAACUACUCAGGAAAGAAAUCCGAUGAUGCCAAUGGGUACAAGAAAUUGCUUCCUGAUAUUAAUCAUGAGAAAAUUCAUACUAGAGAGAAGUUUAAUGAAUUUAAUAAAAAUGAGAGCAUCUUCUAUCAUAAUGAGGAUUUUAUUCAGCAACAAAAGAUUCACACUGUGGAGCAACUGCCUGAAUAUAAUGAAUGCAUUAAAACCUUCCACAAUAAUGCUCUCUUCAUUACACAUAACAGAACUCACACAGGAGAGAGAUCAUGUGAUUAUAAUAAAUGUGAGAAAACUUUCAGGGGUGAGUCAAACCACAUGCUACGUCAGAUAAUUUACUCAAGGAAGAAUCACUAUAAAUUUAAUGAAUGUGGGGAAAGCUGUGAUAAGUCAGUCCUUUGGAAGAAACAUCCUAGAAUUCACAUGGGUGAAGAGUGUGAGAAAUACCACGAGUGUGAUGUAUGUGGGAAAACCUUCCUCCGGAAGUCAAACCUCACAAUACAUCACAGAAUACACACAGGAGAAAAACCCUAUAAAUGUAAUGAAUGUGGGAAAUCCUUUUACCAGAAGUCAACCCUCACUGUACAUCAAAGAACUCAUACAGGAGAGAGACCCUAUGAAUGUGCUAAAUGUGGGAAAAAAUUCUACCAGAACUCAGCCCUCCAUCAGCAUCAAAGAACACACACAGGGGAGAAGCCUUACAAAUGUAGUGAAUGUGGAAAAUCUUUCUCCCAAAAGUCAGACCUGACUGUGCAUCAGAGCUCUCACACAGGCGAAAAACCUUAUAAAUGUAACAAAUGUGACAAGUCCUUUAGUAUAAAGUCAAAACUCACUGUACACCAGAGAAUACACUCAGGGGAGAAGCCCUAUGAAUGUAGCAACUGUGGGAAAAUGUAUCAUAUGAAGUCAACCCUCAUUAAACAUCAAAGACUUCACACAGGGCAGAAGAUAUAUGAAUGCAGUGAAUGUAAGAAGACCUUCUGUGGGAAGUCAGUUCUCCUUAAACAUCAGAGAACUCAUACAGGGGAGAAACCUUAUGAAUGUGUAGAAUGUAGGAAAACCUUUUCUGAGAAGUCAACCCUCAGUAAACAUCAGAGAAUUCAUACCGGGGAGAAACCCUUUGAAUGUAACAAAUGCGGGAAGUCAUUCUGCCAAAAGUCACAACUCGUUGAACAUCAGAGAAUUCAUACAGGGGAGAAGCCCUUUGAAUGUAAAGAAUGUAGGAGAACAUUUUGCCAGAGGGCAUCCCUCAAUGUACAUCAGAGAACACACACAGGAGAGAGGCCCUAUGAAUGUAAUGAAUGUGGAAAAUGUUUUUAUGAUAGUUCGACCCUCACUAAACAUAAGAGGAUUCAUUCAGGGGAGAAACCCUAUAAAUGUAAUGAAUGUGGGAAGACCUUCAGCCACAAAGCAACUCUCACCACACAUCAGAAAAUACACAGGAGAGAAACACUGUAAAGAUGGAUGGUGAAACCGUCUUGCUGUAACUCAGAACUGUUGGCCUGACAAAGUAUAUCCAAGGAAGUAACCCUAUGGUUGUAAUGAAUGUGGGAAGUCCAACCAGAAGUCAGCCUUCAAUUUACAUCAUAGAACUCACACAGGGGACAUCCCUGGCAGUGUUUUUACCAAACUGGGCACAGAGCAAGUCUUUAUUUCUCUGCAGCUCUUGCAUUCAGGUGGGAUGAUGUGCAUGAGAGCUGGCCAAUGGGCUGUGAGUAUAAUGAUGUAAUUCACUUCUGGUCUGACACAUAAUGGCCUCCAUGGCAAUUCUUUGUAUUCUCUGUUCUCUAUGGAGUAGGAUGUAGAAUGCCUUCUGUUGAGAGGUCAGCACUCACUGUGUGUUGAUGAACUCACAAGAGUAGAAAUCUCUGUCAACAUCUUUUUUUUUUUUUAAGAUUUUAUUUAUUUAUUUGACAGAGAGAGCAGGAGAGGGACAAGCAGGGGGAGUGGGAGAGGGAGAAGCAGGCUCCCCACUGAGCAGGAAGCCCAAUGUGGGGCUUGAUCCCAGGACCCUGGGAUCAUGACCUGAGCCGAAGGCAGACGCUUAACGAUGGAGCCACCCAGGCGCCCCUCUGUCAACAUCUUGAUGUUGAGAAACCUAACCCACAGAUGAAACUGGCUGUAACUGAAGAAAUCAGAGUUAAGAAAUCUUGAGAUUGCAACAAAUUUAAAAAAGCCUUUACAAAAAGGCAUUAUCUCAUUGAACCUCAGGUAAACUAAUAGACUAAAACCGUAUAAGCACAUGGUUUCUGAAAGCUUUCAACAAAACAUACUUUAUUGUAUUUCAGAGAAUUAUUACUGAGGGAAACUGAAUUUAGAAAAUACAGAAAUUUUUUUCUUUAGAAAAAAGUUUUAAGUUGUAACAGGAAAUACAGAGGCCAAGUAUGUAUUUUUCACAUUUAGCACAACUCUGAUUUUAAGAAAGCUGCUCUGAACAGUAAGUUCAUUGUACUUACCACCAUGAAAUGUGUUCAUUAAGAAAACAGCCCCAUCUCUGAAUAUCCUCAAAUGUUUACUUGGGGAACCUAAGUAGGUUUGAAUGUGCCAAACCCAACUUAGAUAUAACCCGGGAACUGUGUGUGUAGUAACGUUCUUUACCUUUACUUCUAGUAUUGAUUGGCAACCGUGGUGCAGUGCAAGUGUUGGCAAACCUUUUCUGUAAAAGGCCGUACAGUGAAUACUUUAACCUUACAGGCUACCCGUGCUUUUUCUCACUUUCUUUACAACCUGUUAAAAAUGUAAAAAAAAAAAAUCAUUCUUAGCUCAUGGGCCAUUGAAAAACAGGCUUGGCCACAUUUAGCUUGUGGAGCAUAGUCUGUGGACCCCUGAUAUAGUGGUUAAAAGCAUGGACUCUGGAACUAUACUUGCGAGGCUCAGGUCCCAGUUCUGCUGCACAUUAGCUGUGUGGCCUGGGGCAAAUCCCUUAACAUUUGUUCCUCGGUUUCCUUUUUUGCAAAAUGAUGGUACUGACAUUACGCCAGCACAUGGAGUUCUCGUAAGGACUAGGUAAGUUCAUGAAUGUAAAGUACUAAACCACUGUAUAGAAUGCUACAAGUGUUAGCUGUUGUAUGACUGGCAACAGAUUUGUUGGAGCUUUUACAGGCUUUUGAUUACCUACUCAGCAGCUGUUCCUCACUCCAUGCCAGUAGAGGAUUCAGGAAAUGAAUGAUGAUUGAUCUAACCUAAUUUUUUCCAGCUUAUUGAGGCAUAAUUGACAAAUACAAUUGUAAAAUAUUUAAA